AUGAAGAUCACGGAGAUUGAAGGCGACCUCUUCGACGCUCCCGAUGGCGCUGUACUAAUUCACGCAUGUAACUGCCUCGGCUCAUGGGGCGGCGGAAUCGCAAAAGUCUUUCAAAACAAGUACCCCGAAGCCUACAGAAUCUACAACACUCACUGCCGAACCCUCCUCAAACAGAAACGCGCACACACUCUUGAACACUCCACAACGAACGACGCCAAAACCGUAUAUCUUCCUCUGGGCACAGCCUUGAUUAUCCCACCCCAACCCCGGGAUUAUGCGGCCUCUGCUUCGAACAGAGGGAAAGACAAGAAGAAACACUGGAUCGUAUGCCUAUUCACAUCGCGCGCCUACGGUCGUGGGGUAAGUAAACCGGACAUUAUCCUCGAGAACUCGGUGCAUGCGAUUCGCGAUAUGCGGCGUGAGCUGGAGGAAUUGUUUGAGAAUAAUGACGAGGCUGGCAAGUGGGAUGGGAAGGUUUAUUCCUGUCGAUUCAAUUCGGGAUUGUUUGGAGUGGACUGGAAGGCGUCGAAGCGGGUGCUGAAGGAGGAGUUGGAUGGGAUGGCGGGUGUUGAGGAGGUUGUUGUUGUGCGACCUGAGGGAGAGGAAGAGUGA